AUGCUGAUCCUCACCAUCUACGUCCUGACCUUCGCCGUGGGUUUGCCGGCCAAUGUCUUCACCUUCGCCAUCCUCCUGAAGAAGGCCCGUCGCCACCUCUCCCCCUCCGACAUCCUCCUCCUCAACCUGACCUCUGCCGACCUCCUCCUCCUCCUCUUCCUCCCCUUCAAAAUGGCUGAAGCAGCCGCUGGCAUGACCUGGCCCUUACCUAUGGUCCUCUGCCCAAUGGCCAACUUCUGCUUCUACUCCAGCAUCCACCUCAGCAGCCUCUUCUUGAUGGCCCUCAGCGUCGAGCGCUACCUGGGGGUCGUCUUCCCCCUCCAGUUCAAGGACCGGAGAAGACCCAGGCGGGCGUUGGCCACCAGCGUUGUCCUCUGGCUCUUGGCCUGUUCCCACUGCUCCAUCAUUUUCGUGGCCGAGUAUCAUGGUGGUGGGAACCAAACUUUGGCCAACAGGUCCUUGGCCGUUGGCUCUGAUGGCUCCGUGGUCAACGGGUUCAAGCCUAGCAGCUCCAAGAUGGCCGAACCUGAUGGCUUCCACCCCAGCAGCUCCAAGAUCUCCAGCCCCACCAUCACCAACCCCAAAGGCGUGGAGAUCUCCAGCCCCACCAUCAUCAACCCUAAAGUCCUCGAGAUCUUCAGCCUCAGCGACUCCACAGGCGAUGACUUCGGCAUCCAGAUCGCCACCAGCAACAUCUCCACUGGCAUCGGCUCCAGGAUCUCCACCCCGAGUGGCCCCAAGACCUCCAACCCCAACAUCUCCGGCUCCAGGAUCUCCACCCCGAGUGGCCCCAAGACCUCCAACCCCAACAUCUCCGGCUCCAGGAUCUCCCCCCCAAGUGGCCCCAAGACCUCCAACCCCAACAUCUCCAGCUCCAGGAUCUCCACCCUGAGUAGCCCCAAGACCUCCAACCCCAACAUCUCCGGCUCCAGGAUCUCCACCCCCAACAGUGCCAAAAUCCCGGACCCCACAGAUGUCUCCCAGACCUCCACCACCGCCAGCUGGUCUUCUCCUGGUGUCCACAAUAGGUCCACCAACAUCUACAAGUGCUACGACAACUUCUCCGACAACCAGCUGAGCUUCGUCCUCCCGCUGCGCCUGGAGAUGUUCCUCGUCCUCUUCCUCCUGCCCUUCACCGUCACCGUCUUCUGCUACGUCAACUUCGUGUGGGCUCUCCUGGCCCGGCCAAACAUCCCACCGGAGAAGAAGCACCGGGCCGUGGGCUUGGCCUUGGCCACCAUCAUCAACUUUGGGGUCUGCUUCGCGCCCUACAAUGUCUCGCACGUGGUGGGCUUCGCCGAGAGACGAAGCCCGGGCUGGAGGUCCUACGCGUUGCUCCUCACCAGCCUCAACGCCGCCCUUGACCCCAUCAUCUUCUACUUCGAGGCUGAAGGCUCCUUGAGCUGA